AACGAUUUACGUUUCACAAACUCUACAGCUGAUACUUGGUCAGUUAACUACUUAACGUCAACAAUCCCAAGUCCGCCGUUCUUCCCUUCAUAGUAGUGAGUUAGAGCAAUGGCUACGCCUCCAAUCAAAGUGAUUCUCUAUAUGCAAUUGCUAUCUCUAUUUAUCGUAGCAUUUUCUGUUAUACGAAUCAACUGUAGUUGGGAUGCAGAAGAAGGAUUACUACGAAAGCGAAGCGGAGUACAUCAGAGACAGUUUGAUUACUUCAAACUCUCUCUCCUUUGGCCUGCCACCGCUUGCCGCAAUACAACUCGCUGCUGUUCCUCCAAUGCCUGUUGCCGCUCGAACUCGCCAUCCGAAUUCACAAUUCAUGGACUUUGGGCUGAUUACAAUGAUGGAACUUGGCCUGCUUGCUGUUCUGGUCCCCAAUUUGAUAAGAAAGAGAUUUCAACAUUGCUCAAACCCUUGAGGAAGUACUGGCCUUCUUUUAGUUGCGAGGCCGUCUCAAAUUGCCAUCAUGGAAAAGGAACAUUUUGGGCUCAUGAGUGGGAAAAACACGGGACAUGUUCUUAUCCAGUUGUCCAUGAUGAGUAUGAGUACUUCCUAACGACCUUGAAUGUUUACUUCAAAUACAAUGUCACUGGAGUUCUGUUUGAAGCUGGGUAUGUACCGUCAAAUUCUGAGAAAUAUCCACUGGGAGGCAUCAUUUCUGCCAUUCAAAAUGCCUUCCAUGCAACUCCAGAGUUGAUAUGCUCGGGCGAUGAUGUGGAGGAACUUCGGAUAUGCUUCUAUAAGGAUUUCCAGCCUCGUGACUGUGCAAGUGGAUCUAUCAUUAGAAGUGACAGACUCUCUUCUGGGUCAUGUCCUCAGUAUGUUAGUUUGCCAGCAUAUGGAUCAUGGAGUAGCUGGACUCCCAACUCGAAGUUAAACCCAAGAGUAAUGAAUAGGUUGUGGCAAUUAGGGGAUUCACAGUCUUUUGGUUUCACAGGGCUUAACAACCACACAAAGGCAGUUUCUUGAUCUGAGCGAUAGUCUGACAGCAGUUUCAUGAUCUAAGCGACGUUCUGAUUUGAUAAGGUAAAAUUUGACAAGGGGUGUAAAUCAGACCUUUAUUGCUUUACUAAAGAAGUUUAGCGCCUGCAAGUUUCAGCGUGCUAUUUAUAAGAGAGAUACAUUCUUGUAAAGAUUAUGAGAUGAUUUUGAUGUACUUUACUAGUCUUAUCGAAAUAGCAUCUCAACGAGGAAUGCUUAAUUUGUUGUGCAUAAAGAUACGUACUAUUGGUGACUUUGCCAA